UGGGAACUUUGAGAAAGAGAGAGAGCAUGCUAUUAAGUUAUUACUAGAGUUCUGCAAUGAUGAGGAUUGUUGUGUAAGAAUUGCAUCAGAAAAAGGUGCAUUAGUCUUCUCUCAAGUAUAGCAGGAAAUAUGGAGUAUCCAUCCUUGUCCAAUUUAGCUAAGGAAGUCUUGAGGCAGAUGAAAAGGGUAGAGGAUAAUGUUCAAUAUUUUGCAGCAGCUGAAAGAUUUGGACCGUUGAUUUCACGGUUACAUGAUGGUUCUGUUGGUGUAAAGAUUGAGAUGGCUUCUCUGGUGGGAAGGAUGACCUUGACAAAUAGCUGUAAAGAACAAAUUGCAAGGCAAGGUGGCAGAGUAUUUGUCGAACUUUUGUCUAAUAAAGAAGGAAGGGGACCAAGUCUGCAAGCAUUGUAUAACUUGUCAGGAUUGGAUGGCAAUGCAACCAUCUUUAUUGAAUCUUCAGUCCUUCCAUCUCUUAUAAAGUCUUAUUUGAUGAGCAGGAUUCAUCAUAUGAGCUGAAGUCAUUAGCUGCUUCAACAAUUGCAAAUAUUGUAUCUAAGCCAGGGCAUUGGGAAUUAGCAUCUGCUGACAAGAAAGGAAACCCAAUUCAGUCAGAAAUUAUUGUUUUAAGACUUUUGGGGCUUUUAAACAGUUUGCACUCUCAGUGUCAAGUGAUGUUUCUUCGCAUUCUUUGUGGUAUUGCAUCAUCUCCUCAAGCAUCAGGUAAUAAUUUCCAUCAACUAGUAUAAUGUUAAUAGGGUGAUCGUGAUCUACGGCUUUUCUUCACGAAUUCGUUUAACUCUUUCUUGUAUUCUAUGUCAAGUUGACUUCACAACCUCAAUCCCUGAGUUUAAUUUGGUAUUAGGUUUCAUGUUCAUUAAAAUUCAGAUAUACAAAAGAGGUGGGUG